UGGUUUAGAAGGGAUACAAACGCUCAACGACUAUCAAGCUUCUAUGUUCGUCCUUAAACAUCAGCCCUCUAAGUUACUGAUCAAAAUUGAGGACCAAACAAAAGCAAACAAAAGUUUGCUGAAGAAAGGAAACCUAGAAGAAGCGGAGGAAGUCGAAGAACAAGAAGGCAAGGAAGAGGAAGAAGCUGACCCGUGGUUCCGUCAGAAUCUUCGUGAACAUGAAAGUGUCUUAGAAGCAGCUCAUAGAGAUAUCAAAAAUAUUGAGCUACAGUGUCGUGAGCUGAUACAGUGUACUAGAAAGCUUUCUGCUGCUCAGCGAGCUUUUGCAAAGGCAUUAAAGGAGUUUCGCUUUAUUACAAUUGGAACUACUCAGACGGAUGAUGAGCGCAAAAUUGCUGAAUGUUUGAGUAAGUAUGGUGAUUUUAUUAACCAGAUUGAAGAUCAUCGAGAAAAAAUUGUUGAAGAUUCUGAGAAGCAUUACAUUGAACCGAUUAGGAAGUUUCGAGUGGAAGGGAUCGGAAAGGUUCUUCACGAUGAUAAAAAGCGAUUUGAAAAGGAGUCAAGAAACUUUUACAUUUCACUUGAAAAAUACCUUCACUUGUCUACGGCGAGGAAGAAUAAUUUUGAGAAGGCUGAUGAACAGCUUAGCGCACAACAAGCAAUUUUUUGUAAAUGUGGUCUUGAUUAUGUGACCGCCAUUCAGUCUAUUCAAGAACGAAUGAAAUUUGAAUUUGUAGAAACUCUCAGUUCAUUUUUGUAUAGUUGGCUUACAUUUUACCAUGUUGGCCACGUGACACAUGAAGAUUUCAAACCGUAUUUAGGAGAAGUUCAGUCAAAAGUACAGAAGGCAAAGCAAAGCUUUGAAGAAACAAAAGAACAGUACGAGCAGCUGAAGGACAAGAUGUUAAAAAUUCAUCUGAAGAAUGCUGUAGUUUUCGCUGAAAGUGGUGCAGAUUCAGAAUUGCCUACGCCAUCAAAUGUCAUCUCAAAUAUAAAACAGGGUUAUGUAUUCAUGUUGGAAAAAAGUAAAAUUCCAAAAACGAUCGGUCGAGAUGUUUUAUCAAGCCGCUGGACCAAAUAUUACUGUGUAUACCAAAAAGAAACCCGGAUACUAACCAUGAUGCCUGUUAACAGCACCGUCAAAUCGGAUAUGAAGGAGGCGAUUGGUCAGUUGACAACGUAUAAAUUGAGAAGUUGUACUAGAAGAGCUUCGGAUAGCAUUGAUAAGAGAUUUUGUUUCGAUAUCGUUGUUGUCGUUACUGGGGAAUCAAGUGAUAGAGAAGAAAUGAUUACUCUGCAAGCAAUUUCGGAGGAAGAUAGGCGGCAGUGGUUAGAUGCUAUGGAUGGCCGAGAACCUUUUUAAAG